AACCAAACAAUGUCCGAGUUGGACUCCGGCCUUGCCCGACAGGUACUGCACGAGGCGUUAAACCUAUGGUCACAGAACGCCAACAUCAACUUCCGCGAGGUGUACAGCAGCGAGGCAGACAUUCAGGUGUUAUUCGCCCGCAAGUUCCACGGUGACGGUUACAAUUUCGACGGUCCGGGCAAGAUCCUUGCGCACGCCUUCUAUCCCGGCACGGGCAUCGGUGGUGAUGCACAUUUCGAUGCGGACGAAAAAUGGCUUCUAAACGAACCGCCCGAUGCGGAAGGUACCCGGCUUUUCGACGUAGCGGUUCAUGAGUUUGGACAUUCGCUUGGUCUCGGACAUUCGUCGCAGCAGGACGCAAUCAUGUUCCCGUGGCAUCACAUCUCGUACCGUGGCAAGGACACGAUCCCCGAGGACGAUCGGCUUGGCAUUCAAUCGAUCUACGGUGCGCGAAAGAAGAUCUACGGCAAAAACCCGGAACGUCACACACCAACAACGACCACCACAACAACGACGACGACACCGGCACCACCACAACGACCUGCGACACGGCCAUACUACCCGGUCAAGAACACCACCGGACACCCGUGGGAAGGACUCCAUCCUCACGGUCGUCCGUAUACCACGCGAAGGACCACGACAACCCUGGCACCGACACGUCAUCGCCCACAUCAUCACCCACACCACCGGACAACGACGACUGAGACGCCGACCAGCACCACCACGCGCCGGAUGUACCACUCUCGACCAUCCCUGGCCCAUCCCAACCCGUGCAAUACGAGCUUUGACGCGAUCACGCUGAUCCGCAACGAGCUGUUCAUCUUCAAGGACCGGUGGCUGUGGCGCUUGAACGAAAACGACCUGCAACGGCCAACCCCGUUCGAGAUACACCGGAUGUUCUUCGGGUUGCCUGCGGACUUCGAGCGAAUCGAUACGGUGUACGAGAACAAGCACCAGAAGAUCAUCUUUUUCAUUGGCAAGCAGUACUACGUGUUCAACUCGCAAUACCUCGAACCGGGCUAUCCGAAACCUCUGACGGAUCUGGGUCUACCGGAUAGCAUCGAUAGGAUCGAUGCUGCGCUCGUGUGGAGUCACAACAAUCGCACCUACUUGUACAGCGGGCGGCUCUACUGGCGGUUCGACGAGGAUACGAACCGCGUAGAGCUGGACUACCCACGUGACAUGUCCAUGUGGAAGGGCAUCGGGUACAACAUCGAUGCAGCCUUCCAGUACCGGGAUGGCAAGACGUACUUCUUCAAGGGCCUCGGCUACUGGCGAUUCAACGACAUGCGCAUGAGCAUCGCACACGAAUACCAGAAAUCGUCCGCCACGCGGUGGAUGAAAUGUCGCCACGAACGCCAGGUUCUCAACGAUCUGGACGUGAACGAGGGUUCACCUACAGAAGAUGAGCCUACGAUCGUGCACAAGGCGGUGAUCGGAACGAACCGGGCCACGUCCUGUCGGAGCAGUGAUACGGUCCUGCUGCCGGUUGCACUAUUUGCGCUAACGCUAUCCUUCACCCGCAGCCUGUUCGCUUAAGAUGGCUGUAAAUGUGACCCAGUACACGCUUGAGGCGUAAAACCAGUACAGAACAAGGAACCACCAUAGACAGAUCCAUCGUGGAACCCUGCAGCUCCUUGCUCUGUACCGGCUCCUUGUCACACGCGUGCUCUGCCCCAUAUAAUUAACCGUAGAGCUAUGUUGCGAAAAUUAUUAAACCACCCACAAAACGCUUCGGGUUUUCACCGGCGACCAUCUGGCCACUUUUUUCUCCGUACAGAAUCUCUGUGUCUCACUGUGACUGCCGAUAGUAGGUAAACGUGAUCCAGUAGGGUAAUGACAUAAUCUCCACUUUAAAAUAAAACCAAUACGGUAGU